UCCAUCAACUGUGAUUUACUGGUUGCAUAUUUCUUCUAUUUUAUGUAUUGUCCAAAAAUUUUGAGACAACAUUCACAAUCAUAACAUUCAAAAACUCCUCAACAUAAAUUAUAAAAAUGGCUAUGGUGAAAGUACCAGAACAAAAGGUUAUUUUAUGUGGUGAAUAUGGAGUUGGGAAAAGCUCAAUAUUCAGAAGAUUCACCAAUAAUACAUUUGUUACAGCAACAGAUAGAAAAAGUACACUUGGUUUAGACAAUUUUGAUAAAAUAUACCAUAUUGGUGAUAAAGAUAUCAAGCUCCAACUUUGGGAUACUGGAGGUAUGGAAAGAGUAGCUUCAAUAACUUCCAGUUAUUAUAAAUUCUCAGAGGCAGCUAUUUUAGUCUUUUCACUUGAUAACCCUUCAUCAUUUCACUCUCUUUCACAGCAUUUAUUAGAUAUAGUCACAUAUGCAGAGACAGCUAAAAUUUUUCUAUGUGGAAAUAAGACAGAUUUAGUCAAAGAACCACCUCAAAUAAGUGAAGCUGAAAUAGAGUCAUUUUGUGAACAAUGUCAGAGUUUGAUAACAAACUCGUAUCAAAUAUCUUGUAAAACCAAUGAAGGAGUAGAAGAGAUGUUUACUGACAUUGCCUAUCAACUCGUAAACAGUAAUAGAGCUCGUUUAGAAUUACAGUCCAUGGAGAAACAUGGCUUCAAAAUAACUCAGUCAACAGAAGAACUUUCAGAUGAGAGCUGUUUAUGUUGAAAGAAAAAUUUGUACUCAUUUUCUAGUAGACUAGUCAUGAAAAUAUGUUAUAAGACUAAAAAAUAUCAAAAAAUACUUGAAACUUUUUAUGUUUCAAUAUGAAAAUGUGUUCGAUUAAAAUAUAUUAUAAAGCUUUCGAUGAUAUUAACUAUUUUAAUAAGUUUUCAUUCUAUUGAAAAAACUUUUGUUGAAAAAUAUUUUUGUUGUACCUACUUAUUGCACUGAUAUAUGACAUUAAAGCUUUACUAUAACAUUAUAUAUUUUCAUUUCAAAAUUAUUUCAAGCUCUAACCAUACACUACUACAUACAUAAAUCCUUAUUUUUUAACAAAUUCAAAUGAGCUUCACUUUAUUGAAACGAAAAAAAUUUAUUCAUUUCAAUGGUAGAAAUAUGAAUUUUUCCCCCUAUUAGAUUAUUCAUAAUAAUAAUUUUGGGUCUUUAGCAAUUUAUUGAAUAAAAGGAAUUGAAAUGUGUGAUCACCUUUAAUCCAUUCAAAUCAGAAAGCGUUAAAAACCCUGAUCAACUUGUGAGGUUAUGAGUUCGCCAACAUUACUGUGAUAAGUGUGAUAUUGUGUUAACGAAAAAAGGAAUAAUAAACCGUAAUCAAAAUGCUUAGGCCACUCAAAAUAAUAUCUUCAUUAAAUUUUAAGAAAAGCAAUGUCAUUUGUUCUUUUAUGAGUAAAUUCUCUACAG